AUGGAGUUUCCAAUAGUGCUAGUGAAGAACCUCCCCUACGACGCCUCCACGGCACUGUUAUAUGAGCUCUUCGAGAGAUACGGGCCUGUGAAUCAGAUUCGUGUUUCUGAUGGGACUGCUCCGAUCGGGACGUGUUUUGUUGUGUACACAAAUAUGGACGAUGCAACAAGAGCAGCGAAGGAACUCAACGGUAUAAACUUUCAGACUCGGUACCUUGUGCUGAACUUGUAUCGUGUGGACAAAGAGGUUGCUGAGGCAGCUAUACUGGCAGAGAGGAAAGAGGCGCUGGAGGAGCUGAUGAAGGAAAAUAACGUUGAGGAUGAAAGUUCAGGUAAGAAACUCGAGGACCUGAAUUGA